CAUAAUUUCAUCAUAUGUAUUUUCAAAAAACUGUUCAAAUACACUUUUCACGAUGACUGUACCGUAUUUUCUACCUAAAGUUUUUAAAAGAUAGUUUCACGACGACCACACUGUACAUAAUACAACAAUUGUUCCCCUUUGAACAGUGAUUACAUUUUUACCGUAUGGUGUAUGGGAGCAAACUCUAUCAUCCUUAUUAUGCAACCUGUACAACCAUUCGUCACCAUUCGGUCGAUUCCGUAGGAUUGCCGAUUGAAUGGACUUACGUAAAACAAUCCCACAAUGCAUUUCACCUACGACUGUAACUAAGUGUAAGAAAUAUGGCUGCUUUUGUUGUGAUCCGAAUUUGCUUUUUGUUUAUGUUUAUGCUUGGUGGUGUUGAGUGUGGUUUUGAUGUACGGGAUUGUGAGAAGAAGUAUAGUAUUGAUUUUGCGUUGGAGGAAUACAACUGCAAGUUUCAAGGAGAUGGACUUUACACUUAUGAGGGUGUAAAGGACAACAUCAUCAAGAUAAAAUUUGACAGGUUAACAGAGAAACCUUUUCUCUUCAUUGAUGGAGAUGUUUGCGUUGUAGAAAUUUUGGGAGGAGGCAUCAGCUGUCCAUCAGUGAGAUGUACCUCUAAGGAAACAGAAAUUUGGAUCAACACACUGAAAUGUAAUUCUGAGGAAUCUUCAACAAUCACAACUGACAAACAACCAACUAUUUCACCCACUUCUUCAACAUCAUCUGUAACUGCAACAACCCUAAAUAUUAAGAGGACAUCCAGGCCUGCAACCUUAAAUGUAAGAAAGACAACAGGAGGAGCAGAUAUGAACAUGUGCCCCACCACACCACCAAUGGAGUCCACCACUAUGGAAGCAGAAUCAAGCAGUAUUGGAUGGGUGGUUGGGUUUGUGGUUUCUUGCAUUGGAACAGGGGCAUUUAUAUCUUGGGAAGUUGUCAAGUUAUUGAUGAAGAGGCGCAGGAGGCAGUAUUUGAGGAGAAAUGUAAGGCAGCUUGCCUUUUCGGAGAAAAAAAGGGAAAGUGGGGGGAUUGAAGAAUUUGAGCUAACUGCACCAUAGUGAUCUAAUUAAAUGUGUUCUAUUUUCAUUAAAGCAAUCAUAAUUAGAAACAUCACCUAGGGUUAUUAAAUUAUUACCUCUCUAAUAUAAGUUAAUUAAUUAUUGUAGAUUGGAUGCAUGCAAUAUUUGUACUGAUUAUAACAGGAG